UGUCCGUUACAAAAGGUGACGCUCUGUGUAGCAGCAUGGUCACGCGCGGCGGCGACAAGGAUGGCGGCGGGGGCUGGACGAGCAUUCCCUUCAAGGAGCUCACUGUCGGCGACAAGAUCGGCGGCGGGGGCGUCGGGAUCGUCUACCGCGGCAGGUACCAAGGUAGACCUGUCGCGCUCAAAACCCUGGUACAUCGACAUCAUUGAACGAAACUGCUCCAUCCGUCGUCGACCUGUCUAGUUCGACCCGCGCGUCGACCACGCGCUUAAGCAAGAAUUUAUGGACGAGCUCCUUGUGAUGAGUAAGCUCGUACACCCGAACGUCGUCGAGUUCAUCGGAGCGUGCAUCGAACCACCCAACCUGUGCUUCGUCAUGGAGCUGUGCAGCAUGUCGCUGUACGACCAAUUGCACGGCACGAACGAGCCCAUCAGCGUCUCGGCGUUGGUCAAAAUGGCGACGAGCAUCGCGUCGGCGAUGCAAUACUUGCAUUCGCUAACUCCAGCCAUCGUCCAUCGCGACCUCAAGAGCCAAAAUGUGCUGCUCGACGCGACCGGAACGGUGAAGCUGUGCGACUUUGGACUUGUCUGCACAAAGGAGGGCACGGCAGGCACGCCGGCGUACAUGCCUCCGGAGUUACUCGCUGGAAAGCCCUUCUCCAAGGCGGUCGAUGUUCACAUGUUUGGCAUGCUCCUCUGGGAGAUGUUCGCCCGAGACAUCCCGUUUCGAGGGUACGCCGUCGACGACAUCCAGAGAAAGGUGCUGCAUGGCGACCGUCCGUCUAUUCCUACGAUCGAUUGCCCUCCGUCGUGCCAGGACCUGAUGCGGCAAUGCUGGAGUGCGGAGCCGUCGCACCGCCCAACGUUCGACGCGAUCCACCGAAUGCUGAGUGCCGUGGACGUGAAGUCCGUCGUGCAUGCUGUGGAUAACAUCAUGGAAGAAGACGCGUUGGACUCGCUUAUGAUGGGGGGCAAGAAGGUUGGAGGUCGUCGAAAGUAAUAAAGCAGGAAUUUACAUUUGGCGAUCAUGGAGGCGUUUGCGCAGGAACGAACAGAUCCAGACCCAAGUCGUUCCAUCUCUCGGGCGGCUCUCUCCCUGUGACAGGCAACAUGCCUUGACAUCUUUGUAAGCCGCGCUGUGGAUCGAUGCAACGUACCCAGGCGCAGCAAGCUGCCAUCGUCGUCAAGGUUCGCAUCCAACUCCUCCGGAACGCCAAUGUC